AUGGGUCGAGUUAUCCGCAACCAGCGUAAAGGUCGCGGAUCGAUCUUCACCUCGCACACGAGACUGCGCAAGGGCGUUGCUCAGUUCCGAACUCUCGAUUUCGCCGAACGACACGGAUACAUUCGAGGUAUCGUGAAGGAAAUCAUCCAUGAUCCAGGUCGUGGUGCACCGCUCGCUCGCGUAGCUUUCAGAGAUCCGUACUCUCCCAAAACCCGAACCGAAACAUUCAUCGCAAACGAAGGUCUUUUCACCGGACAAUUCAUCUACGCUGGCAAAAAUGCCGCCCUGAACAUCGGCAACGUUCUUCCUCUCGGCCAAGUCCCCGAGGGUACUGUUGUCUCAAACGUGGAGGAGAAGACUGGUGACCGAGGCGCUUUGGGACGAACUUCUGGAAACUAUGUCACCGUUAUUGGACACAACCCUGACGAGGGUAAGACGCGAGUCAAGCUCCCAAGUGGUGCGAAGAAGGUUGUUCUCAGCUCAGCCCGAGGUAUGAUUGGUAUCGUUGCAGGAGGUGGACGAACAGACAAGCCGAUGCUUAAGGCAUCCCGCGCAAAGCAUAAGUUCGCCGUCAAGCGCAACUCGUGGCCCAAGACUCGUGGUGUUGCUAUGAACCCUGUCGACCAUCCUCACGGUGGUGGUAACCAUCAACAUAUCGGAAAGGCUUCCACCAUCUCCAGAUACGCUACCCAAGGUCAAAAGGCCGGUCUUAUUGCUGCCCGAAGAACUGGUCUGCUCCGUGGUACCCAGAAGACAAAGGAUUAA